GCGGUCGGUUGUCACGUGAUCAGACUGUGAUCGGCUUGUUUUCGGAUCAGCGGCUGAAAACCGAGCGAACCGGAGGAAAACACGCGUUUCACUUCAUCUCGGGAGGAAACGUUCAUCAUCAGCUGCUCCGGCAGAGGGACAUGUUUCAGUAGGACCUUUAUUCUGACGCAUCACAAUAAUGUCGGGGAACAGCCUGGUUCUACCCAUAGUGCUCUGGGGCCGCACGGCGCCCACCCACUGCAUCAGCAGCCUGCUGGUGAUGGACGACUUCAGCACCAUCAUCACCGGCUGCCAUGAUGGACAGAUCUGCCUGUGGGACAUGACACCUGAGCUGGAGAUUUGUCCCAGAGCCAUGUUGUUUGGACACACGGCUUCUAUCACCUGUCUUGCUAAAGCCAGCACGUGCAGUGACAAGCAGUAUAUUGUCAGUGCAUCAGAGAGUGGGGAGAUGUGUUUAUGGGAUGUGAACGAUGGACGCUGUAUUGAGUUCACCAAGCUGGCCUGCGCUCACACUGGCAUACAAUUCUAUCAGUUCACCAUCAACACUCAAAGGGAGGGACGUCUGCUUUGCAACGGCCAUUACCCAGAAAUCCUUGUGGUGGACGCCACCAGCCUGGAGGUCCUGUACUCGCUGGUGUCUAAGAUCUCUCCUGAUUGGAUCAGCUCCAUGAGCAUCAUCCGAUCUCACCGCACACAAGAGGACACAGUGGUGGCGGUGUCAGUCACUGGGAUUCUGAAGGUCUGGAUCAUCACAGCUGAGGUCAGCAGGAUGCAGGACCUGGACCCAGUGUUUGAAGAAGAAUCUAAACCCAUCUACUGUCAGGGCUGUCAGAGCAUCUCCUUCUGCACCUUCACACAGAGCAGCCUGCUGGUCGUCUGCUCCAAGUACUGGAGGGUGUUUGAUGCAGGUGACUACUCGCUGCUCUGCUCGGUGCCCAGUGACACGGACCAGGCCUGGACCGGAGGAGAAUUCAUCGCUGCAGACAAAGUCAUCAUCUGGACCGAAGACGGCUGCAGCUACAUCUACAAGCUGCCCCCCAGUUGUCUGCCUGCGAGCGAACACUUCCGCAGUGAUGUUGGUAAAACUAAAGAAGGUUCCAUCCCUCCUCUGGUCUACAGCAUCGCCAGCCGCUCAGACAAACAGCUUUUGAUCUGUCCUCCCGUGACUCGGUUCUUCUUCGGCCGGCGGGAGCCCUUCCACAAGCUGCUGAUCCAGGGGGACUCGGCCGGCCGGCUCUCCAUGUGGAGCAUCCCGGAGACCUCGCCCCUGCAGCCGCUGUCCACCGCCGCGGAGCUGCAGGUGUCGUCCAGCGUCAGUCUCCAGGAGGCGUUUGAUAAGUUGACCCCCGUGUCUGCCGGGAUCAUCGACCAGCUCAGUGUCCUGCCCGGCAAAGAAGAACCCAUCAAGGUGACGGCGAGCGUGUACAUCCCGUCUCAGGGCCGGAUGGUCUGCGGCAGAGAGGACGGCAGCAUCAUCCUGGUUCCUGCCACUCAGACCGCCAUCGUCCAGCUGCUGCAGGGGGAGCACAUGCUCCGCAGAGGCUGGCCGCCCCAUCGCACCCUGCGAGGUCACCGGAACAAGGUGACCUGCGUCCUGUACCCGUACCAGAUCUCCCCCCGCUACGACCAGCGCUCCCUGGUGUCCGGGGGCGUGGACUUCUCCGUCAUCGUCUGGGACAUUUUCACCGGGGAGAUGAAACACAUCUUCUGUGUCCACGGGGGGGAAAUCACGCAGCUCAUCAUCCCUCCUGAAAACUGCAGCAACCGCGUGCAGCACUGCGUCUGCUCGGUGGCCAGCGACCACUCCGUCGGCCUGCUGAGCCUCCGGGAGAGGAAGUGCAUCAUGCUGGCGUCGCGACACCUCUUCCCCAUACAGGUCAUCAAGUGGCGCCCGGCAGACGACUACCUGGUGGUGGGGUGCUCCGACGGCUCCGUCUACGUCUGGCAGAUGGACACAGGAGCCUUGGACCGGUGUGUGAUGGGCAUCACGGCGGUGGAGAUCCUGAACGCCUGUGACGAGCUGGCGCCGGCCACCGUGGACGCUCUGAGCCACUCGGCCGUGAACCUGAAGCAGGCGAUGACUCGCCGCAGCCUGGCCGCGCUGAAGAACAUGGCCACGCACAAGCUGCAGACGCUCGCCACCAACCUGCUGGCGGCCGACAACGCCGACAAGGGCAACCUGCCGAAAUACUCCCACAAUGCCCUGGUGGUCCAGGCGAUGAAGACCAACCUGACGGACCCUGACAUGCACGUGCUGUUCUUCGACGUGGAGGCGGUGAUCAUCCAGCUGCUGACGGAGGAGGCCCAGAGACCGAGCCCCACGCUGGUGUCUCCGGAGACGCUGCAGAAGAGCCAGGCCGGGGCCGACAAGGGGGGGUCCUUCCUCGCCAACAAGAUCUUCAAACAGGUGAAGGAGACGAUGAAGGAGACCAUAAAGGAGCACCUGCUGGACGAAGACGAGGAGGAGGAGGAGGAGAUGAGGCGGCGCGAGGAGAAGUCCAAGUCUCUGAGUCUGCUGGAGUACAACCUGACCAUGGACACGGCCAAGCUCUUCAUGUCCUGCCUUCACGCCUGGGGCCUGAACGAGCAUCUGGACGGCAUCUGUCUGGAGCGGCUGGGCAUGCUCCGCCCGCACUGCCCCAUCUCCUUCGGCCUGAUCUCCAGAGGAGGUCACAUGUCCCUCAUGCUGCCCACCUUCAAGGAGUCUUUGCUGUAUCAGUUGUCUCUGGCCACAGGACGGACGCUGACUCUGUCCGACAUCGUGGGGAAGGGGACGUACGGCGUCUCCAGGGCCGUCACCACACAGCACCUCCUGUCCAUCAUCUCUCUGGCCAACACUCUGAUGAGCAUGACCAACGCCACCUUCGUCGGGGAGCACAUGAAGAAAGCACCGGCCAGGCCUCCUCGACCAGGAGGAACCCCGGAGUCUCCUCGCAGGACGCCGGCCGUCCCCCCCCAGCCCUCCUGCCCGGCGCUACAGGCCCAGAUCAAACAAGGGUGGAGUCAGCUGGCAGCCAUGCACUGUGUGAUGCUCCCUGACCUCCUCGGCCUGGACAAGUUCAGACCUCCUCUGCUGGAGAUGCUGGCGAGGAGAUGGCAGGACCGUUGUCUGGAGGUACGAGAGGCAGCACAAGCUCUCCUAUUGGCUGAGUUGAGGAGGAUCGGCCAAUCAGGACGCAAGGACACCAUCGACCUGUGGGCGCCGUACCUCCCUCAGUACGUGGACACCGUCAGCUCCCCUGGAUCGACCACGGAGCCCUCUUCUCCGGCCCCGCCCCCUCCUGAACCUCAGCCAGUAGAAACCAUGGCUCCUGAGGAGCAAAUGGACGUCACUGAUGAUGACAUCACAGCAGGUUGUCUCUCCAACCUUCCACCAAAUGCCAAGAAGAUCUCCAACUCGUAUGAGGAGCGCCGUAAGCAGGCCACGGCCAUCGUGCUGCUCGGGGUCAUCGGGGCCGAGUUCGGCGCCGAGAUCGAGCCGCCCAAGGGCGCGGUGCGGGCUCGGACCGGCGGACAGGCGCCCGAGGGCUUCGGCCUGACGAGCGGGGGGUCCUCCAACUACUCGCUGGCCAGACACACUUGUAAGGCCCUGACCUUCCUGCUGCUGCAGCCCCCCAGCCCCAAGCUGCCCCCCCACAGCACCAUCCGCCGCACCGCCAUCGACCUGAUUGGCCGAGGCUUCACCGUGUGGGAGCCGUACAUGGACGUGUCCGCCGUGCUCAUGGGACUUCUGGAGCUCUGUGCCGACGCAGAGAAGCAGCUGGCCAACAUCACGAUGGGUUUGCCUCUCAACCCGCCGGCGGACUCCGCUCGCUCUUCUCGCCACGCCCUCUCUCUCAUCGCCACUGCCCGGCCGCCCGCCUUCAUCACCACUAUUGCACGAGAGGUCCACCGGUACAACGCAGCCCAGGCCAACUCUCAGUCGCAGCAGAACGUUCACACCACCACUCUGACCCGAGCCAAGACCGAGAUCCUGCGAGUCAUCGACAUCCUGGUAGAGAAGAUGCCGGGAGACGUGGUGGAUCUGCUGGUCGAGGUGAUGGACAUCAUCAUGUACUGCAUCGAAAGUUCUCUGGUGAAGAAGAAAGGUCUGCAGGAGUGUUUCCCUGCGAUAUGCAAGUUCUACAUGGUCGGUUACUGUGACCGCAGCCACCGCAUCGCUGUCGGAGCUCGACAGGGCUCGGUGGCGCUCUACGAUGUUCGGACGGGAAAAUGUCAGAACAUCCACGGUCAUAAAGGUCCAAUCACAUCCGUGUCCUUCGCCCCUGACGGACGCUACCUAGCAACCUACUCUAACGCCGACAGCCACAUCUCCUUCUGGCAGAUGAACACCAGUCUGCUGGGCAGCAUCGGGAUGCUGAACUCGGCCCCUCAGCUCCGCUGCAUUAAGACUUUCCAGGUUCCUCCGGUGCAGCCGGCGUCCCCGGGCUCCCAGAACCACCUGAAGCUGGCCCGCCUCAUCUGGACCUCCAACCGCAACGUGAUCCUGAUGGCCCACGACGGGAAGGAGCACCGCUUCAUGGUCUGAGCCUCGGGUCCGACUCCUUUUACCUUAGUUUUCUUUUCUGAGGCAGAAACAGAAAAGAUUCUCUCGUGGUCAAUUUCAUUUUAGCCCCAAAAUGUUAAGAGUGUAAAAUGAAGCUGAGGAAGUUUCCACAUCUUCAUCCAAAGUUCCUCAGACGAGGAACGAAGCAGCUUCAGGACUUGAUGACUUCUUCUUCCUGUUAAAUUAUUUUCCUGAGUGAACUCACUCUCACGUAUUUAAAGUUCCUGAUUGAAUCCACGUUUACAUUUUAAACUGCAUUGAUGUGUUUGGAGUCGUUUGCAUCUUCUCCUCAUUCCUGUUCCUUCACAAAACUCUUCACCACAAACGUUAGAGUCCCGAUCAUCACAGCUCGUCAAAGAUGAUAUUAAAUUUAACAUGUAACUGAGAGGAGUCGAUCAGAAAGUGAGACUUGAUUUGUUCGAGUUCUUCAGUCUCACUGUUUUCAUUCUGUUUCUGUUCGACCACAUUUUGGUUCUAAAUCUUUUCUCCUCACUUCAUUUCUCGUGAUGUAAAACGUUUCUGAAGUUUUUUAAAUUUGAAGGAAACAGCAGCUGAUUUUUUUAUUUGCCUCAUUUUAUCCCUGGCUUCAGUUUUCUUGUUGCUCUGACCUUGAAGAGGUCUCCUCCAGAUAUGAUAGUGUACAUAUACAUUAUAUAUAUAUAUCAUCAGAGCUGCUGUGUAAUGUAGGCUGGUGUUGAUCUUGUACAGUGAGCGUGAAUCCCGUUGUGUGUAUUUAUUGUGGCUAACGUGACGUCUGCCUGGCGCUGAACUCAGAUGACUUCUCAUCUCAUCUGAAACGUUUCCAGUUGUUUUAACUUGUAAAAUAAGAUUUAACUUAUCGAUUAAAGUCUUCUUACGAUAUCAAGAAUUCCUCAAAAGAUAGAAAAGCAGGAGAAAAUUCCAUGAUUAAAGAAAACCAACUCUCUUUAGCUUGGCGCUAACACACCCAUUACUUCUUAUGAGGAAUGCUAACCGCUACAGCAGCGUUAUGUGUAAAGAGAAACUUUCUUUAGGCUGCGUCUGUAAAACCAGGACGUUGUGUUAACGGGACACAUUUUUAUUUUAACGUCUGAUUGUGCAACUGUUGUAAAUGUCACAGAGGAGCUUCUUGCUUUAAAACAUUUUAUCCCUCAGAGUUUAAUGCAGAGAUAAAGGAGAAUAUCAAAGGAUAUGAAUAAAGUUAUUUACUGUGUGUUGGACGCACGUCACCUCCACUCCGUCAUGUUGCUCCUGUCAGUUUCAUCAGAGCCGUCAGAAAGCUUCUCACACGUCACACACCUGGAAACUGCAGCGUGUCAAAGCUUUUCACAACUUCCUCCCCCCCCCGCACACACAGACACACACACACACACACACAGACACACACGUCAAGUCCUCUUUGAGAUCUUGAUUCCACAUUUUCUCCACCGCUCUUCACAGUUUGGGGAGAAAUCAGUUUUUGGCAGCGUCUCGGGGGGGGAGGAGGGGGGGGGGGGGUGGGUAAAGGUGAGAAGAGUAGAGCAGGCCGAGGAAGAGCUGGAGAGUAAAUAACAAGUGAUGAAGAUCAGGCUCAUCCAGCCAGAAGAACAAGGAUCUCCGCUGAAGCUAGAGAAGCGACGUGUCUCUGAAGCUUCAUGAGAAACCUGACGUCUGUAAACUGCAGCUUUUUGAUUCUUCAUAUAAAAACAGAUCAUAACAGGAGAAUAAUUCUCACAGAUGAUUUAUAUAGUUUCUUCCCUUUCUCCUCUCAUUUUAUUGUGAAGCAGCUUCUUUUCCUCACGUGUGAAAAUCAAACCAUUUCCUGGUUCGUCAGCUGAUUAUUCAUUUAAAUCACCUUCUGUUCAUUUCUCAAUUUCACACUAAAUGUUUCAGAAUUGUUCUAAUUUUUGUUUUUGAUGUGAUUCAAUAUUUAUUGUUCCGGAGUAAAAAUAGUGUAGAUAUUUGUGUGCGUGUCUGUGUGCGUGAGUGUGUGUUGCAUGUAUACAGGCUCUCCACAGUGUAACAGUGCAGGUUGAAUCUACUGUGCAUCAUAUUAACAACAUGUGUUGCUGUUGUUGACUUUGUGUCUAUUAAAGAUGAAAACGUG